AUGGAAAGCACACGGUCUCAGGAGGAGAAAGCCAUAUCCUCACCCCCGGCCUUCACAUCGAUCUUCGGUGGUCACGCUGACUCCGCGGAGGAGAUCGAUGCUGAUGCCGACAAUAGCCAGCUGAAGCCCCACAAUCGCAACAACGUAACAGCAACUUCGGCCAAGCUCGUGGGCAAAAGUGUCGCCCCUUUCCUCGCAAAGCACGUUCCCGACCAAUACGCCCCCCUCGGAUCGCAAAACAGAGAACCUGCCGCCUUGAGCAGCGCAAACUCCCGCUAUUGCUAUCGACAUCGCCCAGACCGUAAGUGUCGCCGGCAGGCCGACGAACCGACAAUGGACAAAUUGCAAAGGGAAUUGGAGUCGCUCCCUCAGAGUGAUCAGCAGGGCAUUGCGCAUGUCUGGUCGCUCUUCUCAGCCGCCCCAGCCAAGCACCGAAAACUCAUACUCCAGGGAAUCAUGGCUCAAUGCUGCUUCCCUCAACUCUCGUUCAUUUCCACCACCGUCCGUGACCUCAUCCGAAUCGACUUCAUUGCCGCUCUUCCUCCGGAGAUCUCUUUCAAAAUUCUGUGCUACCUGGACACCACUUCUCUUUGUAAAGCCGCACAGGUUUCGCGACGUUGGAGGGCGCUGGCCGACGACGAUGUGGUCUGGCAUCGCAUGUGCGAGCAACAUAUUCAUCGCAAGUGCAAGAAAUGUGGCUGGGGACUUCCUCUUCUGGAUCGGAAGAGGCUUCGUGAAUCGAAGCGCGAGAUUGAGCUUCGCGCCACGACCUGGGACGUCAACAGCCCGUCUCCGAAAGAGACUCCUGCGCUCCUUGAGGGUUCUUCGCCUGUCGCCGACAGCAGCAUUGGUGCUAGUACUGGUAAACGAAAGCCUGAGCCAAGCGAGGAAGAGACUGCCGUCGUCAAACGCCACUGCCAGUCGCUCGCGAUGCGCCCAGAAGGAAGCGAAGAUUAUUUCAAAACCCGGUACAGACCUUGGAAGGAAGUCUACAAGGAUCGUUUCAAGGUGGGCACGAACUGGAAGUACGGACGCUGUUCGAUCAGAAUCUUCAAGGGCCACACAAAUGGCGUGAUGUGCUUGCAAUUCGAGGACAACAUCCUAGCAACCGGAUCUUACGAUGCGACGAUCAAGAUUUGGGAUACCGAAACGGGCCAGGAAAUUCGCACGCUUCGGGGACACGAAUCGGGUAUCCGAUGCCUGCAGUUUGAUGACACGAAGUUAAUCAGCGGUAGUAUGGAUGGCAGCGUCAAAGUCUGGAACUGGCGCACUGGCGAUUGCAUUUCCACGUAUACUGGUCAUCGUGGCGGAGUAAUCGGGCUGCACUUUGACGCUACCAUCCUCGCAUCCGCAUCUGUUGAUAAGACUGUGAAGAUCUGGAAUUUUGAGGACAAGUCAACUUGCCUCUUACGCGGACACACGGACUGGGUCAACGCGGUCCGGGUUGACACAGCCUCUCGCACGGUGUUCUCGGCGUCGGACGACUGCACGGUUCGGCUUUGGGAUUUGGAUACCAAGUCCUGCAUCCGGACGUUCCAUGGCCAUGUGGGACAAGUUCAACAGGUUGUCCCUCUUCCCCGGGAAUUCGAAUUUGAAGAGCAUGAUGUGGAAUGUGAGAACGACAACCUCAGCACUGUCUCCGGUGACACCGAGCCGGCAUCUCUUCAGGCCACCCUUGGCCUCGAGUCGAAUGCAGUUAUCUCGCAGAAUUCACCAUUUGGCCCUUCUUUCGAGUCUGGUCGGACAGCACCGCCGCGCUACAUCGUUACUAGCGCUUUGGACUCGACAAUCCGUCUGUGGGAGACCAGCACCGGCCGGUGCCUGCGUACGUUCUUCGGCCAUUUGGAGGGUGUCUGGGCUUUGGCAGCGGAUACCCUGCGUAUUGUGUCUGGGGCUGAGGACCGGAUGAUCAAGAUCUGGGAUCCGCGAACCGGAAAGUGCGAGCGCACGUUCACCGGCCACUCUGGCCCUGUCACCUGCAUUGGUCUUGGCGACAGUCGGUUUGCUACUGGAAGCGAGGAUUGCGAAGUGCGCAUGUACAGCUUCCAGAGCUGA